UGCAUUAUAAUCCUAUCUGUCAAGGAAAUUAAAAAAAAAUAUUCGCGAUAGGAAAGAUAAGAUGUAUUGUUCACACUGCGCAACGACGGAAUAUUUGAUCGUCGCGGCGUCCAAUAUAUUUAGCGAGCUUUCGGCUUCGCUAAACAGUAACUUGCGACUCUCUCGAUGCACGAUGAUAACUCGCAAAAUCGUUGCUGCAUAGUAUAUUUAGGUGUCCACCGCACUCGAGGAACAUCGAGCAUUUGGCCAGUUUGGAAGUUAUGUCACGUAACAAUAUCCAACUAACGUACCGUCUUCACAAGCAUCGAAGGAUCAAGAAUCACACGAUUAUUAAUAGUAGUAAAUAGCAAGAGACAUUUCUACUUUGAACAAUCUAUCAGUUAUUGUGAUAUUACGCGUAUUGCUAUCCAAACGUGGCCGAAACGAAUCAUUCUUUUCUGUAACGUAUAAUUUUUUAAAAAUGAGUCUUUUACGUCAGCUAUUAUUUGGUAAAUAUCUGUUUGUCACCAACACUGUGAGUUGUGGCUUGAUGAUGGCAGCGGGCGAUGCGAUUCAGCAGCGUAAUGAGCAUUGGAGGAAGCACUAUUCCAACAAAUACUUCUUGAAUAGUGUUGUGGCAGCAUCGUCGGAGGAAGACGAGGAAAUGACAGUGGUUCCCAGCAACCCUGUGUAUGGGCACGAUUACUUGAGGACCAGGAACAUGGCAGUCGUGGGACUACUUCAAGGUCCGUUUCACCAUUGGUUUUACAUGUUCUUGGAUAGAGUAUUCCCGGGUAAGAGUGCAAAGUCGGUCGUCAAGAAGACACUUCUCGACCAAACGAUCGCGAGUCCCACGUGUCUGGCGAUAUUUUUCGUCGGUCUCGGGAUACUAGAGCAUCGCAAAAUUGAAGAAAUCUGCGAGGAGGUGAAAAUGAAGUUUUGCACUACAUGGAAAAAAGGCGCUAAAAAGCUUCAUCGAAACGUUUCUCUUGUAAGUAAUUUGCUGAAACUCGUCUCGUUAGGUCGAUUGUUGUUUCUGGCCUCCUACGCAAUGCAUCAAUUUCCUCUUUGUGCCACUGCAUUAUCGAGUACUUUACACGAACGCUAUGACUAUGGUCUAUGACAUUUUUCUGUCGUAUAUGAAAUAUGAUGUUCAUCUCGAAUGAUGAAGAGAAAUCUCACUAGUCAAAAUGAAAUAACAAAUUAAAUAAAUCAUGCUGUGAGUAUACAUUUAUAUGUGUAUUAUUAUUCAUUACGUGUAAAAAAACGUGCAAUAAAACGCUAUCGAAGGA